AUGACGACCCUUUUUGACAAUACUGGUUUGCCUCUUUGGGUAUAUAUUGUCCUCAUUGUCGUUGGCUCCAUAUUGUUGUUGGUCGUAGUCGCUUGUCUCAUACGAUGCUGGCUCCUCCGUCGAAAUUCACCCGAUGGAGACCUCGAUGGCCUCACCGGUCCCACUCGCCGAGUCACUUUAAGAAGAGGACGGAUGGUACCGACUUCUCAGCAUCUGUCCUUGACCGGGUCCAAGUUUGGCAUGAGACAAUUUGGAACCCUGGCCGACAAUGAAUCAAUCAUGACUGGCAGGAAAAGUCCUUUUGAAUGGUGGAAUUCUAUACUGGAGAGGUCACAAUCUCGACAAGAUCGAAUGUCUCAAGUGGAGACGGCCUCGAUAACAACUCGUCCGGCAUCUCGAGCUACCACUCUAAGGGGACGAAGGGAACUGCUGACAGGCACCCCGACAUUGACUCCGGAGAAGAACAAAGAACCUGUGACCGGGACUUGGGAGUUGACGACGCCAUCACCGACGCCCUCCCCUACUUACAAGACCAUCAACUUCUCCAGAUCUUUCUCCUCUCGCACUCCGUCUUCACCGCUCACCCAAAGGUCCCAAGUCACUCUGUCACGAAUAUCGGAGAGGUCACCUCAUCAAUCAAUGAUCAGCAUGUCCACUCCGAACCUCCAAAAUCGAUCUUCGUACCAUUCAGCCAUCCAUCCGGUGGACAACACACCGCUGACCGGACAAUCGCAACCCAAUCCUCAUAAGUCGAUGACUCUCACUGUCCUGGCUGCAAAUACACCCUCUUCCAAAACAUCUCCCCCAUUUCCUCGACAUAAUUUCACCGCUUCACCAUUAAUCACCGAUCCGAUCCAAGAACAAUUUCCGCACAGGGCCUCGGCGGCCUAUGCGCCUCGAAAAUCAAGCGCCCGUGUCCCUUCCCCCUCUAAUGCUCCUCAAUCUUCCCUGGCGGAUGCGAAUACGUCAUCGACAUCUUUGCCAGAGACAAACACGGAUGACUUUCCCACGCCGACCCUGCCGAUGCCGAGACCAGUUGCAUCUCCUGCCUCACGACCCCAUGGACACACUUCUAACUCCCUAUACCAACAUCCUAAUCAAUCGCAACUGGACCUGUCUCACCGCGCAUCCGUCACAUCAACUUCGCCGUCGAGAAAAUCAUCCAUGAGCGUCGGUCGCAGUGGGAUUGUCUAUGACUCUCAAAUCCCGGAAUACUGGCCGACGAGGACAGAUCUGCACAAUCUGCCUCCGCCUUCGACCCCCGGAUCCAAACCCAGUGGCACCAGCAGCAGCAACUCGUCUCGAAAUGGGGAUACCGAGCAGGCAUCACCAUCCCAGGACCGCGAAGGCGAAAAAGAGGGCAUGAUGGGUAUCGUCACGGUACCGGGGAAGAAUAAUUCAAAGGUCCUGAGGAAAAAAUCACUCAGAAGAACGCAGGUGGUCAGCUCGAUUGCGACGUGA